AUUGGAGGCGUGUGCUGUCGCAGUGGGAGCGCGCAGAGGAAGGGAGGGCAAUCUUGUCCGGACGCUAAUAAGACCCAAUGGCUGGUGCAAGGUGGCCAGGAGCUCUGAAACGCGACAGAGGACUGUGGAAGAAGGAGAAGGGAAGGGAGAAAAAAAAAAAAAAAAGACUCCAGAGAGACUUUGGUGGAUGGACAAAGAGGAUGAGAGCGCCACAGUAGCGUCUGUGCGAAGUGUCUGUUUGGCUUUUGGUGUUUGUCGUUGAAGGAAAUGCGUGGAGAGAGACGCGGCACCCUGAGCCACUGACCCUUGGGAACUCCAACCCUGUUCCCACCCAAUGAAGCAGUCCUGGUGGGCCCACCUGGCACAGCUCGGCCUGCUCGCUGUGUGGACCUGCAUAUGGCUGGUCCAGGGAUGCGGGCCGGGCCCGGGGUACGGCGUCCGGCCCAGGUCAAGGAAGCUCACAGCCAUGCACUACAAGCAGUUCUUCCCCAACUUCUCUGAAAACAACCUAGGUGCCAGCGGGAGAGCAGAGGGCAAGAUCACACGAAACUCCGAGCGCUUCAAUGAGCUUGUGUGCAACUACAAUCCAGACAUUGUGUUCAAGGAUGAGGAGAACACCAACGCAGACCGCUUCAUGACCAAGCGCUGCAAGGACUGUUUGAACAGGCUGGCGAUUGCAGUGAUGAACCAAUGGCCUGGGGUUCACCUUCGUGUGACGGAGGCCUGGGACGAGGAUGGUCACCACCCCGCUGGCUCUCUGCACUAUGAAGGCCGGGCAGUCGAUAUAACCACAGACGACCGAGAGACGGAAAAAUAUGGUCUUUUAGCCCAGCUGGCUGUGGAGGCGGGCUUUGACUGGGUCCACUAUGAGUCUAAAUAUCACAUCCACUGCUCAGUAAAAGCUGAUCACUCUGUUGCAGUGGAAAAAGGUGGCUGUUUCCCCGGCUGGGCCAGGGUGACUGUGGCUGGAGGGGUGCAGAAGAGCCUGUCCUCACUGGCACCUGGGGACAGAGUCAUGGCCCUAUCUGGGACAGGCCAUGUGGUGUUUAGCCAAGUCCUCCUGUUUUUGCACCGGGACCAAAAGAGCUGGUCCACUUUCCUGUCUCUGGAGACAGAAGACAGGCAGAGGCUGACGCUCACUUCACACCAUUUGGUCUUUUUAAGCCCAAAUUGCCGACUGGACAGGGAUGAGUACCAGGCUCAGUUUGCUAGCAGAGCCAAAACAGGAGGCUGUGUUCUCAUCCACACAGCAGAGGGUCAAGUAUGUCCAUCUCGAAUCAUCUCGGUGUCAGAAGUGGAGAGUGUGGGAGUAUAUGCACCCUUGACAGAAGCUGGGACUCUGUUUGUUGACGGGGUGCUGGCAUCCAGUUAUGCACUGGUAGAGGACCACAGACUUGCACACUGGGCAUUUGGACCUGUGCGACUCCUCUCAUCAUUUAAACAGCUCGUUUUGGGGGACACAGCACAUACACAGCAAAGCACAGACAGUGAAGCAGCUAACCUUAAGACGUCAUUGCAUUGUAGCACUUCAGUCACAAAGGACAGAGCAGAUAGUUUUAUGAAUAAUGACAUUCUUAACAAACGAGACAACCUGAGUCAACCUCUGAGGAUGGAAAUAAAGGAGAAGCACUCUUUACAAAGAACAUCAAAUGUGCACUGGUAUGCUAGAAUACUGUACAGUUUAGGAUGCAUCUUUUUCGACUCACUUCGUCCUUAAAAGUCUAUAACCAUGGAUUUUCAUGUUGCACUGAUAAAUGUUACUAGUUUGAUACACUAGCGCUGUUCUUUUUUUUUAAUAAAUUAAAAGAACUGAAGAAGCUUGCUUCCAAUUUCAUUGUUGUUUGCAUUAUAAUGUAGCAUACUGACUUACAUGCUAAUACUGAUGUCAUGUUUUAUGAGGCUGAGUUUUAUAAACAAAACUGUAGUAGUAGAAAAGAGUUACAUAGCGUAUAUGUACAGCAUAUUUCUUAUAAUUAUUUUGGUUAUAUAUGUGGAAAAUUGUAUUCUACUGGGAUAGAAAUUAAUUUUCCAACCACAGAAUUUUUAUUUUUGUACCUUUUUGAAUCAUAAUAUAUAACUGUUGCAUUUAACCAUUCCACUACAUGUAUUGAUUUGUCCUUGUGUAAUAAAACAGUUUAAAAUGUCAAUUGAAUAAGCUGCUUUGUUCUUCAACUCCAGGACAUUACUUGACUCUUAAACUGGUUUGUCUUUUCAGUUUUUUUUUUUUUUUGUGUGGAAAAAUUUGAGACGUACACAAAAAGGUCAGACCUGGGGGUAGAGAUAUGUACAUUGCUAUGUUCAAGGCCUGCCGGGUUAAUGAAAAGCCCAGACGUACUUAAUAUUCCCCUCACUGUGCCACUUCGACUUCAGCACUGACAGACUUCAACAGAUUGUUUCCUGGAGGGCAUGUAUCUUAAAAAGACAGUUUUGAUGAUAUCCAUUGAACAUUUCUGGUCAGAAGUACCUGUUCAUUGUCUCCACAGCGUUCAGACUCAUUCAAUCCUUCCGCGGUUUGUCUACUUGUACAUACAUUUUUAUAGAUGCGUUUAAAGUGCAGUUAAACAGACACAAUUGAACCUUUCUUCAAUAUGUAUUGAAAUGUAAAUUCAAAGGUUUUAAAUAGUAUGAAGCUGUAUCACAACAUGAAGAGGUUAUACACCCCCCUUGUGGAAGAACUGAUUUAAUGCCUGUGAAAUACAUGUUACUGUAUGUGUUGUCCAUACAAAUCUAAACUAUAAUAAAAUGUAAUUUAAUCAUC